AUGGCACCCAAAAGAAGGACGGCACCGGAAAGAAAGACGGGGUUGGAAACAGGAAGUGGAAAUUGGAAAUCUAUUUAUACUACAGGUUGGUGUGUAUGUGUACCUAACCUGCGGGAUGCGUCUCAAGAUCCCCAAACAAGUGAUGAUGAAUAUACUGAUGAUGAUGAUGAUGAUGAUAAUACCGAUGAAAAUGUGUCUUCUGUAGAUGGCCCUGAAAGACUGGAUGAUUUAAGUGAAGAAAUAGAUGAGGAUCUUCAUCGGUAUUAUCUGGAUCUGGAUUACCGACCAGGAAAGGGUGUACGGGAGUUGGUGGUAGAGAUGCCGACAAUUUGGGAAGGAGAGGUAUGGGAAGAUGAAGAUGACACUUGGGAGGAUGAGAUAAAUAAGGAAACCGUCCAGGGGAACGUUUCGAACUGGUUUGUGGCACUGGUGUUUGGGGGAAUUUUCCUUUCUUGCAUUGUUCCGAUGGCAUACAACUAUUUCUGCCCAGCACCAGUGGAGGACGCGAGCUGGUGGAUGUCCUUAACCAGUGUCAUCUUCCCACAGCCAGUUGUGGACAACUCUUGGUGGGAAACCAUCAAGAGAGUCAUCUACCUACAACCAGUUGUGGACAACUCUUGGUGGGGAACCAUCAAAAGGGGUUUCACCUGGCUGUGGUAA